CAUUGCAAAUUAAAUGAAGGAAGCGGAAUUAUUCGUUGAAAACUGAUGUGACUUUGUUAUGGCAGGAGUGCCUGUGGAUAGGAAUUUCUUGUGGAAUGUCUUCGCUAAAAUUGAUAAAGAUCACAGUGGUUCCAUUACAGCUGAUGAACUCCAACAAGCUCUUUCGAAUGGAUCCUGGACACCAUUCAAUCCAGAGACAGUGCGACUUAUGAUUGGUAUGUUUGAUCGUGAUAACUCAGGAGCAAUAGAGUUUAAUGAAUUUGAGGCAUUGUGGCAGUAUGUAACAGACUGGCAAAGAACAUUUAGAAGUUAUGAUCAAGACAACUCUGGAACCAUUGACAGGCAAGAACUCAAGACAGCUCUUACAAACUUUGGGUACAGAUUGUCAGAGAGAAUGUACACACUUCUUAUAACAAAGUUUGAUCGCAGUGACAAGGGCUCAAUCAAUUUUGAUGAUUUCAUCCAGUGUUGUCUAAUAUUACAGAUUCUGACCAAUGCCUUCAGAAGCCGGGAUCGAAAUCUGAAUGGUUGGAUAACCAUUGGAUAUGAAGAUUUCUUGGGAAUGGUGUUCAGCUUGAACAUGAAUUAGAUACUGUUUCUAGCUAUAACACUUAUCAGUCAAUUACCAUUCAAAAUCCUACAAUCCUCCUAGAGAAUACUAAAAUAUACAGAGCACUGUAUGCAAAUUCUACCUUACUACAGGAUGCUACAUGUAGCUUGCCAAAUUUGAGCUGGCAGCAUCCUUAAUUGUGUUUUUAAAAAACCUUGCACGACUUUUGAGUGUUUUAAUACAAAACUUCCUGUAGAGAUUUAAAAUUUUAAUACGAGGUCCAAAGUCUUCAGAGCAGAGCUUGGAAAGACCUGUCCACUUGUCUUACUGACUUACUGACAGGUUAGAAGAUGUCUCUUUUAAAGAUCAGCUUUUGACCAGAUGCUGAUUGGCAAAGCCCCAGGCAGGUAAGCCAAAUUUUAAUCUGGAGGAAAAGCAUGAAUUUGGAUCUUCAUGUAGCGUUGUACUGUGUGUAAAUAUCAGGUUGUUUCUGAUCAUUACUUUCCAGGAAAGAACUGCUCAUGACAGCCAAAUACUCUCAUAAUACUUCAAUAUAGAUGGUGUACUAAUCAAUUUAAACACAGCUUUUACAUAAUUGAGUUGCACUUAAUUUUAAGUGUUCAAAAGCAAAGCUUGGAUAUUGACUUUUGUCGAUGGGAAGGUUAGGUCAUCGGCUAGUUAGGGCUUUAGCGAUGUCUUGAUACUUAAAAUGAUUGCAGUGCCAUUUUACUAGUAAUAACACUUUACUAUUAGUGGUACAGAAAUGCAGAAAGGAUAAUCGCCGCUACUUCUAAAUGUAUGUUGCAGUCUCAAUAGCAAAGAAGGACUCAACAUACCUUAGAAAGGGUAAAACCCUUCCUCAAUUGGUGCCCUUAUACCCUGGUCCCAGAGGUUCUCUUCUCUUCUCCCUAAAAAAAUUGGCGCCAAGCGCCGGCAGCUUCUUGUCUGUACUUGGCACCGACUUUUUUAGGGAGAAGAGAAGAGAACCUCUGGGACCAGGGUAGUGCCCUUAAGGGCAAUACAGUUAAUUUAGUUUCCAGGUAUAAAAUUUUAAAAAAUUUCUGCUCCCAUGGAAUGAGCCAUCAUAUUUGGAUAAUCCUGAAAUAAUGAAUAGACUUAGUUAAAAAUGAUUAUCUUAUUGCAAAUAUAUCAUUUUGCAAGAUUGUUGUAAUAGAUGAUAUCAAUUGUGAUAGUUUAUGAAAUAAAUUUUAAUAGAUUCUUGA